AUGCAUGUUGGACCAGUUGGGAGUGUUCAUAAUAAGGCUAGAAAAGCUGCUACAAAGUUGAUGAAUCAAAAUACACAUGUUGAAAUGGCAGUAAGCAAACAUUCUGACCAAGUUCAUAAUAAGGCUAGAAAAGCUACUACAAAGUUGAUGAAUCAAAAUACACAUAUUGAAAUGGCAGUGAGCAAACACUCCGACCAAGCUCGUAAGGCUUAUUGCACAUGCUUGAAUGCAUCAAUCAAGUGCACUAAGUUUUUAUUGCGACAAUGUCUUGCUUUUCGUGGCCAUGAUGAAAGUGUCACUUCAAGCAAUAGGGGAAAUUACUUGGAGCUAUUGCAGUUCCUUGCAGAUAAUGAUGAUAAAGUUAAAGAAGUUGUGAUGGAAAAUGCUCCGGGGAAUCUCAAAUUACUAGCUCCAUGCAUUCAAAAAGAAAUUGUGAAUUCAUGUGCCCUUGAAACACUUGAUGCUGUCAUGGAUGGUCUAAAAGAUAGAUUCUUUUCAAUAUUGGUGGAUGAAGCACGUGGUGUGUCGGUGAAAGAGCAAAUGGCUAUGGUGUUGCGUUAUGUGGAUGACAAAGGGCAUGUAAUUGAAAGAUUUAUGGGUAUCCAACAUGUUACUGACAUUACUUCAAGUUCACUAAAGGAUGUUAUUGAUACAUUCGUUUCUCCCAACGGUUUGAACCUUUCCAAGCUACGAGGACAAAGUUAUGAUGGUGCUAGCAAUAUGAUAGGUGAGUUGAAUGGCCUUAAAACAAAGAUAUUGAGAGAACAACCUUGUGCAUAUUAUGUUCAUUGCGUUGCUCAUCAACUUCAACUAGCUCUUGUUGCCGUAGCAAAGAAGAAUAGAUAUUGCCUAUUUUUUUUGCAACGGCUAAUAGUGUGGUUAAUCAUGUUGGAGCAUCUUGUAAGCGGCGUGAUUUACUUAGAGGACAACUCUAAGAAGAGCUUGUGA